AUGUCUGUUGCUCUGUACUUCUUCGUUCAAAUAAUUGGAGUAGUAGUAGUUGUUGCUGUUGGUUCAAUAGCGUCACCAACACAAACAUUUUCUACCCAACUGAGUGAAAUGAUUUUCUAUUUAACAAAACAGUCAGCCACUGAUUAUGAAUCGUAUGGAUGUUGGUGUAAUUCAUUGAACAAAGUAGGUGACAAUAAUGAAAUUAUGGAUGAUAGUGAUCGAUGUUGUCGUCUACGUUAUGACUGUUAUAGAGCGUCAUUUUCCAUUUGUGAAAGUGUUAGUGGAACUGAAUAUAAUUCUAAUGCGCGUGAAGCACACAAAUGCAGUCAGGUGACAACAGCAACAACACCUACGUGUGAUACUUUUACACGACCAAUAGCACCACGACCAUUUACAUGCACAAAGCCAAGAUGGAGUGAAAAGGGUAUUACAGUUGCCGGAAAUGGAACAUCGGGAUCAUCUGCAAUUCAGCUUAGUAAUCCACAAGGAAUAUUCAUUGAUCAGCAUGACAGUCUCUACGUAGCAGAUUCGAAUAAUCAUCGAAUACAAAAGUUUGUACAAGGAUCAUCUAUUUCUACAGUUACACAUGGUUACGGUGGAUAUGGCAGUGGUUUCAAUAAACUUAGAAAUCCAAAUGAUGUCUUUGUCGAUUCUAUUGGUAAUAUAUUCAUUAGUGAUUAUGGUAAUCGUCGAAUUCAAAAAUGGAACGUUAACAGUACAGGACAAGGAAUAACUACUGUUGGUGGCGAUUCUAAUUUUGAUCCUCAGGGGAUUUUUGUUACUCAACAAGGAGACAUUUAUGUAUCAGAAUCUCAUAUUAUUGACAGUUCAAGUAGAAUUGUGAAAUAUUCAUCGUCACUGAAUUCACUAACAAAAUUUGCAGCCUUCAGUACUACUGAUUUAGGUAUGGUGACAGGUAUUGUGUUGGAUCAAUGUGAUAAUGUUUAUGUAGCAGAUUAUAAUAAGCAUCAAAUUCUAAAAUUUAAUAACAACAGUUAUGUAGGAUUAACAGUGGCUGGUAUUACAGGUAAAAUGGGUACAAAUUCAUCAUAUCAUCUAAACCGUCCACAGGAUGUUACACUUGAUCAAUAUGGUAAUCUAUACAUAGCCGAUACGUCUAAUCGUCGUAUUCAACGUGUGAUUGUACAGGACGGUAGCGGUACAACAAUGAUGGAAACAAUAGUUGAAACAACACAAUAUGUUCCAAAAAGUAUAGCAUUUGAUUCCAAAUGGAAUUUAUAUAUUUCUGAUUCGAACAAUCAUCGAAUACAACGGUAUGACUUCAAAGGCGGCGAUCUUUAUUGUUAA